AUGUCUGCCUACCCCGUCCGACCCAACAGCGCCUUUGUGACACUCUUGACCAAGCCCUCUUACCUCCCCGGUGUCCUGGUCUUGCACGACUCCCUCGCGUCUAAGCCUGUAUCGAGCGCAUAUCCUCUUAUCGUUAUGGUCACUCCUGCCGUCCCACACGAGGCCCGGGAGAUCCUUCGUCUUCGUGGAAUCAAGAUACGCCCGGUUGAAGCCAUGGGCCCCGAACCCGGCAAGUGGGUCGUCAAUCCCCAUGAUUCGCGCUUCAUCGACGCGUGGACCAAGCUUCGCGUGUUCGAGUUGUACGAGUACGAGCGCGUGGUUCUUUUGGAUGCAGACAUGCUCGUCAGGAAGAACAUGGACGAACUGAUGCACAUCGAGCUCCCUGGUGAAGACUGGAUUGCUGGCGCACACGCUUGCGCUUGCAACCCUCGCCAAUUGAAGCAUUACCCUGUCGAUUGGGUGCCAGAGAAUUGCGCUCAUACCCCGAUGCGUCAUCCAAUUUGCCUAAGUUCACCACCCCAAAUUACCUCCGAGUCGCCUCGCCCAUAUGGGCUCAUCAAUUCGGGCUUGGUCGUAUGCACUCCGACGCCCAGACUUGCCGCUGAUAUCCAGACUUUCCUCCAAACUUCGCCGCGCAUUCAAGAGUACGCAUUUGCGGACCAAGAUCUGAUCUCGGACUUUUUCACCGGUCGGUGGAAACCGCUGCCUUACAUUUACAACGCCCUCAAGACCUCGCGUUUCACUCACCCCAGUAUGUGGAGGGAUGACGAAGUCAAGUGCGUUCACUACGUGCUUGACAAGCCCUGGAUGGAGAAGCCCACUUGGGACACCGACGCGGCGGAUGCUGUCAGGGUCACUCACAGUUGGUGGUGGGAGGCUCUCGAGCGCCUCGAACGCCGUCUCAAGGGCGACGACUGCCUUGGCCUAUGGGAUCUCGUCGGUCCCUACCUCCGUGCCACGGUCCAAAUAAAUUAA